CUCGCGAGAGUUGGCAACUGUGCUUCCAACGCCAAAGCGCUCCUGAAUAUUAACAACCAAGCCUUCUCCAUAGUAGUAUUCGUAAGUUGUCUAACGGGGCGAUUAAUUUAUACUGCAGUCGUUGUGUUUGGUUCGAUCGGUUUGUCUCGCAAAAAUGUCCUCAAGAAAUUUCUUCGUCGGAGGAAACUGGAAAAUGAACGGCGAUAAAGAGAGUUUGGGCGAGCUCAUAAUGACCUUGAACACGGCCAGUCUCCACGAUGAAACAGAGGUGGUGUGUGGAGCACCGUCCAUCUAUCUCGAUUACGUGAGGUCUAAGCUGGACCAGAGGAUCGGUGUGGCCGCCCAGAACUGCUAUAAGGUACCCAAAGGAGCCUUCACCGGGGAGAUCAGCCCAGCGAUGAUUAAAGACUGCGGCAUCGACUGGGUGAUUCUGGGCCAUUCUGAGAGGCGUCACGUGUUUGGCGAGAGCGAUGAGCUGAUUGGCCAGAAGGUGGCCCAUUGCCUAGAGAGCGAUUUGGGUGUGAUCGCCUGCAUUGGGGAGAAACUAGAGGAGAGAGAAGCUGGAACCACUGAUGACGUGGUGUUUGAACAGACUAAAGUCAUUGCAGACAAUGUGAAGGACUGGACUCGUGUGGUUUUAGCGUAUGAACCAGUCUGGGCCAUUGGCACUGGUAAAACCGCCACUCCUGAUCAGGCUCAGGAGGUGCAUGAGAAGCUGAGAGGAUGGCUGAGAGCGAAUUUGUCGGAUGCAGUAGCCGACUCUGUGCGUAUCAUCUACGGAGGCUCUGUUACUGGAGGAAACUGCAAAGAGCUGGCAGCCCAGCUUGACGUUGAUGGCUUCCUGGUUGGAGGUGCUUCCCUGAAGCCAGAGUUUGUUGACAUCAUAAAUGCCCGCUCAUAGAGAUGCCCGGCCAUUUUGAUGGUCCAAAACUGCCGCACUGCCCAAUCAGUGUAGACCAGCUUCUUGUUGUCAUUCCAGCAGGUCUGAAAGUGCAUUUGUGGUUGUGUUGCUUUUGCUCACCUUCUUGUUAAACAGUCGGAGUGGGUUAUUGGACUGGAAUAUUAACAUCAACUUAAAGUAAUAGAAGAGAGCUUGGGCAUGUUAGUUUGUUAUUGCUGCUGCACUCGAGUUAACUGCUGUGUUGUCUAUGCACUUCUAGAGCACACUACUUGAAAUCUAACAUACUGUAUUCUCCACAUCGAUUAACUUACAAGACCAGCGUUGAAUGCUUAACUGAGUCUGUAGUGACUUAAUGAGCACUUUAUCCUCUGUAGAAAUGACUACCUCGGUAGAAAAUUAAAAGCGUUAUUUGUCCUGUCUUCUUGUAGUGUUUUCUCUUGGCCUUUUUUUUAUUUUUUCUUCUUAUUUAAUCAGUGACGUUAAAUGCUGUGCAUACAGAAACUAAAGGUUAAAUGGUGUAAAAUAUUUUUCAAUAUUUUUUGCAUAAUUUUCAUGUUUUUACAGUUAAUUUGAAAUAUCAUUAAGAUGCAUUUACGUAUCUGAUUAAAGCAAAAACAGUAAUUGUGAAAUAGUACAAUUUCAAAUAACCUUUCUGUUUGAAUAUAUUUUAAAAUGUAAUUUCUGUGAUCAAAGCUGAUUUUCAGCAUCACUCCAGUCUUCAGUGUCACAUGAUCCUUCAGAAAUCUUUCUAUGAUGCUGAUUUGCUGUUCAAGAAACAUUUCUUAUCAAAGUUGAAAAUCAUUUUGCUGUGCAUGAAUAGAAAGUUCAAAAAUUAAAAAUAAAAAUCUUUUGAACAUGUCUUAACUGACACUUUUAAUACAUUUAAUGCAUCCUUGCUGAAUAAAAGUCGUCAUUUCUUUUAAAAACUCCUUUUUUUUUUUAAUUGAGCUGAAUUCAUUGACUGAGUUUUCUAAUGUAGAUGACAAGAAAUACAAUUUUAAAAACCCAUUAAAACACUAUCCUGUUCUAUAAUUGAGAGUCUAAAUGGUGAAAAGCCAUUUAAACGUCCUCCUCUGCUUUUAAUGAUGAGAAGAAAACACACUUAGGGACUCGAGGUUGACGAAAGUAAUGACAGCUUUAAUAUUCCAUAACAUUAUUCACUGACAGGCUUGUCAGUCUUUUUUUUUUUUUUUCUUCUUCUCUCCAUCUUGCUUUCUUUUCCUUCUUUCACCACAAUAAUCUCACAAAAUGAUGAAAAGAUAAGUCAUCAGGGAGGAAAAAGAUUUCAGGUAUGGGGGAACAAGCCAAGUCAUAACCACAAGAAGGGGAAGGGGGAGAGGAGACAGAUAAAACGACGAGAAAGGAAGAAACACAGACUGCAAGUCCAUAGAGGGGGAGAAUAAGGAAUCAUGUGCGUUGAGGGUGAGACUUUGCUACACAAAUGUGAGUGAGAGAGUGAGUGAAUGUGUUUGGUCUCUAUUCAUGUAAGCGUGUCUGUCGGUCCAGUUCUUGAAUCAGAUCUGUCAUUGUGAUUAUGUCUCUCUUUCUUUCACUACUGGAUUUAAUCAUUCAUCUUAAAGCAGAAGUGAAGUGUCUCAUUCCUACAGCUGUCAGUCUCUUAUAUAUAUUUGGACAAUGGUAGCCCCGCCCCAAACACACGCCAUUGGUUGAGCCAGAAAUGUGCCAACAGAUGGCUCACUUACAGAUUGUUUUAUUCAAUGCAAAAAAACUUCCACUUCCCCUUUAGGAUGGAGAUCCAGGGUAAAAGAAAAUGUGAAAGUACAUUUUAAGAGUCAUUGCAUGAGAAAAUCCGGUAGAUUUAUGAAGAUUAUGGGGUUCUUGAAUAUAAUUAUUAUUAUUAGAAGUGAUAUGUGAACUUUAUGUUCGAUCCUUUAGAUUUCAUUCUCUUUAUUUAUUCAUUUUUUGCUGUGUUGAUUUAUGUAGGGAGCCAUAAGACAACAAUAUCAUAACAUACUCAGGACAUAUUUUAGACCUUCCAAAUCAAUGACAAAGAUAUACAGAAACUUAUGAACUUUGUGGAAAUAAAUAUAUUCUACACAUUAUUUUAAAUGCUUCAUAUGCUAAAAUGAGUAAAACACACUUUUCUUUUUCUUUUUAUGUUUUUUCACCCUAUUUUAUUUUAUUUGUUGAUUUGAAUGAAUAACAGUUUGUUUUAAAAGGCUCUUUUUCCUCAGCAUGCUUUUGGGUCAGAGAUGGACACAAAAAACAGCAUCUGAGAAAGAGAGUAUUGUUUGAUAAAAAGCAUCUAAUGCCCUGGGCAAAUGACUUCGUAAACUGUCUUUUAGACUGUCAAUGUCACUCAUUUCAGCGUGAUUUUCCUAUUGAAAAUCCCACUGCUGCAUAAAUAGUCAGGUAACUAUUUGAUUUUUCUACUCUCCUUUUUCCAAAAUCUAUGUAUUUUUGCCUAGUUCUCAUGCAAUGAACCAUAAAAAUUACUUUUGGUUUCUUUAGCAUGGACAGUGUUUUUUUUUAUUUUUUAUGUACAUACAUUU